AUGCACAUGGGCAACGAUGUAGGGCAGGUGCAAUCGUCGGGCGCAGCGUUGGCGACGAGUGCUGGUGGUGAUGAGGGAAUCCGGGAUGAUGUCGUUGCUUGGCGGCAACAAGGCAGGUGUGGAUCGCGAAUCAAGGCUGGUAGGGCCGAAUGGGGGGCUCAGAUCAGGCUUCAGGCGCAGCUGUCAGUCAUCUCAGCCCAGCACUUCAUUCACUACAUGUACUUCACACUGUACGGCCACUUUGCGCGAUAG